GUUUAACGCGUCAGAACCUGAGCACAGUCGCUCAUUCGUUGCGCACGUAAAACGUAAUCGGAAACUAUUGAACACGUAUAUGUAUACCACGUGAUAGAUUCAGUACUUCUUUAACCUUUAUUAUUUGUAAAUUUCUUCCUUAAUAAUUGAGAUAAAUUAACAUGAUGUAAAAUAAAAUUGAGAGAAAUAAAAACUUAAAUAAAUUAAAAUAUUUGAAUUAUUUAUAUAUUUAUGCUAUAAUAAAAUAGAAUUUAAAAUGUUCAAAAAAAUAAUUGUGGGUAUAUCUGGUGGAAUUGAUAGUGCUGUAACAGCUUUUCUUUUAAAAAAUAAAGGAUAUGAUGUCACUGGAGUAUUUAUGAAAAAUUGGGACAUUAAAAAUGAAACAGGAAAAUGUCAAAUUGAUGAAGAUAAAGAGCAUGCAGAAUGGAUAUGCAAGAAAUUAAAAAUCCCUUUUGUUGAAGUCAAUUUUGUAAAAGAAUAUUGGAAUAAUAUUUUUUGUUAUUUAACAGAACAAUAUGAAAAUGGAUAUACACCAAAUCCUGAUAUUUUAUGUAAUAAAUAUAUUAAAUUUGACCAAUUUUUCAAUUUUGCUCGUACGAAACUUCAAGCAGAUGCUAUUGCAACAGGACAUUAUGCUAAAACUAGUUUUGGUCCUUAUCUUGAACAUUUUAAAUUAAAUACUAAUGUCAAAUUACUUCAAGCAAAAGAUCUAGGAAAAGACCAAACAUUUUUUUUAUGUCAAGUACCUCAACAAGCAUUAAGAUAUUUCAUGUUUCCUCUUGGAAAUUAUUUAAAAAAAGAUGUUAAAAAGAUUGCUGAAGAAAUUGGUUUGGAUAAAAUCGUACAUAAAAAGGAAAGCACAGGGAUAUGCUUUAUAGGAAAACGAAAUUUUCAAAAUUUUAUAUCUGAGUACAUAUCUGACAAACCUGGAGAUUUUAUAGACUUGGAUAAUGGCAAGGUAGUGGGAAAACAUAAGGGUUUUCAUUAUUGGACUGUAGGUCAAAAUGUGAAACUUGGAGGCUACCCAAUUGCAUACUUUAUAUAUAAGAAAGAUAUUCAAUCAAAUAAUAUUAUUGUAGUGAAAGGUACAAAUCAUCCAGCACUUUAUACAGAUUUUAUAAUAACAGAAACUCCUUAUUGGAUAUCAUCAGAACCUAAUGAACUUAAUAGUUACUAUAGAACGAUGUGUUGCAAUUUUCGUUUCCAACAUAGAGAUUCUUUAAUAUCUUGUAUAGUUCACAAAAAUUUAAGGAAUGAAUUAAUGAUUCGUAUUGAUCAACCUUUAAGAUCACUUACAGAAGGACAGUUUGUAGUUUUAUAUAAAGGAGAAGAAUGUUUAGGUAGCGCCGAAAUUUCAUUCUGUGGUCCAUCGUAUUACUUUCUAGAGCAAGAAAUAAUGAAUGAUAAUAAAUUGAAGAAACAAAUCGCGAACGUGAGUGUAUAACAUUUGUUCGUAUAUUUUUCUAAUGAUACAAUGUAUAUUGUAAUUUAUUGAAAAAAUAAACUAUGUUUUAAUAUUUUAA